GUUGGUGACUUUAUCUCCAGAUGCUGAGGUACCUGCAUCCCUGGCAUAGACCCUUACUGAGCUACAGUUGGAGUAGGCUGUGCCUUCUGAAGCACUAUCUAUUUACAAUGAAAUUGCAGUCGCCAGAAUUCCACUCACUCUUCACAGAAGGAUUGAAGAGUCUGACAGAAUUAUUUGUCAAAGAAAAUCAUGAGUUAAGAAUAGCAGGAGGAGCAGUAAGGGAUUUAUUAAAUGGAGUAAAGCCUCAAGAUGUGGAUUUUGCAACAACGGCCACCCCUGCUCAAAUGAAGGAGAUGUUUCAGGCUGCUGGGAUUCGUAUGAUCAAUAACAAAGGAGAAAAACACGGAACAAUCACUGCCAGGCUUCAUGAAGAAAAUUUUGAAAUUACCACACUACGGAUUGAUGUCGUCACAGAUGGAAGGCAUGCUGAGGUAGAAUUCACAACUGACUGGCAGAAAGAUGCUGAGCGCAGGGAUCUCACUAUCAAUUCUAUGUUUUUAGGUUUUGAUGGUACCUUAUUUGACUACUUUAGUGGUUAUGAAGAUUUGAAAAAUAAGAAGGUACGAUUUGUUGGACAUGCUAAACAGAGAAUACAAGAAGAUUAUCUUCGAAUUUUAAGAUAUUUCAGGUUUUAUGGGAGAAUUGUAGAGGAACCUGGUGACCACGAUCCUGAAACUUUGGAAGCAAUAGCAGAAAAUGCAAAAUGCUUGGCUGGAAUAUCGGGAGAAAGGAUUUGGGUGGAAUUGAAAAAAAUUCUUGUUGGAAACCAUGUAAAUCACUUGAUUCAUCUUAUCUAUGAUCUUGAUGUGGCUCCUUACAUAGGUUUACCUGUCAAUGCAAAUUUAGAAGAAUUUAACAAAGUCAGUAAAAAUGUUGACGGUUUUUCACCAAAACCGAUGACUCUCUUGGCCUCCUUAUUCAAAGUACAGGAUGAUAUCACAAAAUUGGAUUUGAGAUUGAAGAUUUCAAAAGAAGAGAAGAACCUUGGCUUAUUUAUAGUUAAAAACAGGAAAGAUUUAAUUAAAGCAACUGAUAGUUCGGAACCACUGAAACCCUAUCAGGACUUCAUUAUAGAUUCUAGGGAAGCUGACGCAACUACUCGUGUAUGUGAACUACUGAAAUACCAAGGAGAGCGUGGUCUUCUGAAGGAAAUGCAGCAGUGGUCCAUUCCUCCGUUUCCUGUAAGUGGCCAUGACCUGAGAAAAGCAGGCAUUUCUUCAGGAAAGGAAAUAGGAGCUCUGUUACAACGGUUGCGAGAACAGUGGAAAAAAAGUGGAUACCGAAUGGAAAAAGAUGAACUUUUGAGUUACAUAAAGAAGACCUGAAACUGAUGAGAGCU